AGUUGUGAUUUGAGUCUUCAUUGCGUGCAUCAGUGAUGAGAUUUUCAGUGAUUAUUGCGUUUAUCUUUUUAAUCUUUCUUAUGGUUGAUGCCAGACCAAAUCAAAACUCUUUGAUUUCAGCCAUCUCAAGCCACCAUCGAGAAACAAGAGCAGCAAAAAUAAAACGAAGGAAACUGCACUCACAUCAUAAUCCUGGUAAUAGUGAUCUUUAUCGCAACCUUCAAUUAAGAUCACUUGGCUUCUAAUAUUCAAGUGAAUGGAGGAAUUGCAAUCAUAAAAUAAGUUUCAACUUUGUUAGAUAAUAAAAUUUUAAAAUUCAUGUCGC